GGGGGGUGAAAGACAAAACUUCAGACGAAUAGCCUGAGAGAGAGAUUCGUUCGUCGAUUCUCGUUUUGUUUACGAAUCGGAAGUCUGUUGUAUUAGGUUUGCUCAUUCCUUAAUUCGAGAGAGAGAGAGAGAGAGAAAAUGGCACUGAAGUUUUUGAACAAGAAGGGAUGGCACACGGGAAGCCUAAGGAACAUAGAGAACGUGUGGAAAGCGGAGCAGAAGCACGAAGCCGAGCAGAAGAAGCUUGAGGAGCUUCGCAAACAGAUCCAUGAGGAGCGUGAACGCUCCGAGUUUCGUAUUCUUCAAGAGAAAGCUGGCCUCGUUCCUCACCAGGAGAGGCUGGAGUUUUUGUACGAUUCGGGGUUGUCCGUUGGAAAGUCUUCCAAUUCAGAAGGAUUCAAGUCUCUUGAAGGGUUUCCCAAAUCCGAAUCAACAGAUGCACCUUCCUCCUCUGCUUCUGCUUCUAAGCAGGAGGGGGCAAGUGUGCCUGGAGCUUUAUUCGAGGACAAGCCUCAAUCUGCCAAUGAUGCUUGGAGGAAGCUCCAUUCUGACCCCUUGCUCAUGAUUCGCCAACGCGAGCAGGAAGCACUUGCAAAGAUCAAAAACAACCCUGUCAAGAUGGCUAUGAUCAGAAAAUCAGUCGAAGGAAUGGAACACAAUGAGAAAGCUCAUAGUAAAAUGGAAAAGCGGAAAAAGCACCGUUCUAAUAAAUCAAAGCAUAAAAAACAGUCAGAUUCAGAAGAUGACACUGUUGAAAGGAGAAAAAGAAAGACUGCUGAUGAAGAUUUUGACAAGUAUCACAAGGCUCGAUCAGAUUCAGAGUAUGAAUCGGGUGAAGGAGAAAGGAAAAAAAAGAGGAAUCACUACGAAGACAAAAAAUACAGAGAAAGGUCACCUAGGCACCAUUCAGAGUAUGAAUCAGGUGAAGGAGAAAGGGAAAAAAAGAGGAAUCACUACGAAGACAAAAAAUACAGAGAAAGGUCACCCAGGCACCACCACAGGCAAAGAGAUGUCAAAGACUAUAAAGAAGAUGCUGAUGACAGAAAUUAUAACAAGUCCAGGUCAGAAAGAUAUGCUUCAGAAGGUCAGUCCAAACUUGAUGUCCCUAAAAGGGGGAGUGGGAGCUUACCCGAAGCAAGCUUCAAUGGAUCUUCCACUACUUCACUUGAACAUGGAUCACACUAUAAGCGGAGAAAUGUGGCUCCUAAGCUUUCAGAGGAAGAGCGAGCUGCUAAACUUAGGCAGAUGCAACUUGCUGCUGAGUUGCAUGAAGAGCAGAGAUGGAAACGUAUAAAGAAGGCUGAGGAGACUGAUGCACGGGAAGCAAUCCAGAGCAGUAAUUCUGGUGGCAAGAAUUUCUUGGAUGCUGCUCAAAAAAGUGUAUAUGGUGCUGCUGAAGGGGGCAGCUCUUCCAUAGCUGAGAGUGUCCGUCGUCGGACACAUUAUUCUCAAGGCAGAACUGCAGCUGAAGGCAAUGCAUUUCGGCGGUGAUCAACUUGGAUGCUGGAUGGUUUGAUCACUCAUUCUAAUUAUCUCAAUUGUCUCCAGACCUCUCUUUCAUGUGCUUUUUUCCAUGUACCAACAUUUAUUCCUUCCGUGUAUCAUUAUGUGAAAAUAAUCCCUCGUGAUUCUAAUUUUCCAAGCAUUCAUACUGCUCAUUUCUGUUUGGUUAAUGCAUG